AUCCUCAAUGGCCAUCAUCACCUUCACCAUCACCACCAUCACCACCACCAUCACCAUCACCAUCAUCAUCACCAUCCUUAUCGAUCAAAAACCUGGUAGUGGAUUCACGGUCUGCACUCUGACUCCGUACAACAGAGCGGCGUUCGUUCCUCCUUACAAUUAACUCCAGCCGUCCAUCCCUCCUCACGUUCUCAAGUACGAAUCUUGGCCGUCCAUACCUAUCCAACGUGGACAGCAAUGGUGGGAAAUCCUCGAAGCUCCUACUGUCUCUCCUCCUCAUUAGCUCUCUUUCUUCUCUCCUUCUUUUCAACGAUCUUGACCUUGUUGUGUCCAACAGCUCCACUGUCAGAUCACUACCACCGCCGCCGUGUGCUCUUUCGCUCGUGCUCUCAAACCCCAGGCUUUCAGUAAACAUUUCCAAUCUGCGCGUUUGAUCAUGAGCAGAGCCAUAUAUAGGAUCUUGAUCAUCGUCUUGGAGUGUUCCGAUCGUGUCAGCAUAUCUAGUUCCACAGCCGGAACCAGUUUCGUCAACUUCCAUUGCAUCAUCGGUAGCCGAAGGAGUAUUCCGCCUGCCGGAAUUUCCAGAGGCAAGAGAUUCAAGAAUGUUUCUUUCCGGCUGUUGCUUGUCUUCGUCGCCGAGUAUGUUCGGCAUUGUUGUUUUUGGUUGUUUCGCCAAGGUCAAAAAGAAGAAACUGUUCGAACUUCAAUGGAGUAUAGUCUCUCUACUACGUGAAAUAUAGUAGUUACUCAAAUACGGAACAACGACGUCACAACAACCCAGUACCUGAAUCUUGAACUUCAAUGGCUCUACUUGGUGAUGGAAAAUUUAAGCUCCAUUGAAGAAAACCCUCACUUUUUUAGGCUAAACUUGGGGAGAGAAAUCAAUGAUUGAUUACUAUCAGCGGGGGGGAGAGACUCAGUGAAGUGGAAGAAUACCAAAUUCCUUCAAAUUUAUAUAGGAGGUGCUGACAUGGCAUUGAAGUGCAUAACGGCCUUCGAUGAGCUGGACACUCCCGGGUUUUUCCUCUCAUCUAAACGAUGUGUCGUUAUUUCGAUUCGAGCGUUGUCGAAUAUCGUUUCCAUGGUCCUUUUAGGCUUACGUUUAGUGAUGGGCCCUAAUUCCCAAGCCCAACAUAAUUUUCCAAAAUGGCCCACUUGACGGCUGGUAGAAAAGGGUAUAUUUGUCUAGCCAUCAAACUUUUCAAGAUUCAGAAAGCGGCGGAUUGUCAUUUUCUAGUUUCUACGACUUGCCGGUCGCUCCGAUAGAAACUCCGCAACAGAGGGGGCAGUUUCUAACCUCCACCAGUUGAGAGCACGAGCAUAACCUGCGCACCGGCUUGAUGCUCUUUCUUUCCAUAUUAUGGUAUAGAUGUCGGACGAGGAGCUCUUGAUAAAACUCGAGAGCACUACGCUGGACGCCACGCGUCACCAGCUCGAGGCGCUUCAGUCAAUACUUAAACGCAACAGCGGCGUACGUUAUCUCCAGCGCCAUUUCCAACGCUACAAUGCUCCGAUCGACGUGGCAAACUUCCGGCGAGCCUUGCCAUUAUCUAGCUACGAGGAUUAUUUUGAUGACAUCAACCGGCUGGCCGAUGGCCCCCUUGAUCAUGAUCAUGAUCAUCGUGAUGAUCAGCCUCUUCUCUCCGUUGACCCUCUUGUUUGCUUCUUCUACAGUUCUGGGACUAGUUCCAUGAAGCCCAAGUUGAUACCUUAUUAUGAUUCAUCACUCUCAAAAGCAGCCUCCCACUUGGCUCACCAGGGCAGCGUCGCAAUUCAUAGAAGGUUGUUUCCUCCAAGGCCCUCGGCCAAUAAAGUCCUGUGGUUUAUCUAUGCUGAUAAUGUUACGAUUACCAAAGGUGGUUUUAAGGUUAUGGCUGCGUCUUCAUACCCUUUCCACAGUAGCAGUAGAACCAACUUGUCUCAGUUAACCGUUAGUGCUAGUCCCAGGGAAGUCAUUCUUGGAUCCAAUGUUGAGCACCAAAUGUAUUGUCACCUUCUUUGUGGCCUUAGGAACUCCGAUUUCAUCGAUGGGAUUCGUGCCCCUUAUGCCAUUGGCUUAAUCAAAGUGUUUUACCUUCUAGAGUCCAAGUGGGAGCAGCUCUGUGAUGAUCUUGAAAAUGGAUUCCCCAGUUUUGAGAUUUCUGAUGCUGCAAUGAAAAGUUCUGUUACUGAGGUUCUUGGUGGUCCUCAACUGGAGCUCUCCAAGAGAUUUCGGUCAAUCUUUCAGGAAGAGAAUUGGGGUGGGAUUGUGAACAAGUUAUGGCCAAAUGUUCGAUAUGUUAGGUGUGUUACCACUGGAAGUAUGGAGCAGUAUUAUCCAAAACUCAAGCAUUAUGCAGAAGGUGUACCUCUAAUAGGUGGAGACUACUUUGCCUCAGAAUGCUGUGUGGGUAUUAACUUGGAUAUUAUGCAACCCCCAGAGACAACCCGAUUUGUUAUGCUUCCAACUGCAGCCUACUUCGAGUUUCUUCCAUAUGAUCCCAACAAGAUUGAUGCUAUCAGUGAAGAAACAGUAGAUUUCUCCGGUGUUGAAGUGGGAAAGAUGUAUGAAGUGGUAGUAACUACUUUCAGAGGAUUUUACAGAUACCGUUUGGGUGAUAUUGUAAGAGUUGUUGGUUUCUAUAAUUCAUCUCCGCAAGUGGAGUUUGUGAUGAGAGCCCCCAAAGCUCUUUCUGAUAUAAUCACUGAGAGGGACUUGAUGUCUGCAAUAGAAAGUUUUAAGCUUGUGCUGAGAUAUGAAAUGGCUAUAGAAAUUACAGAAUUUGCUAGUUUUUUGGAUUUGAACUUGAGCCCAAAGCGAUUAAAGGUGUUUGUAGAAGUUAGAAAGGAAUGCAUGUUUAAGCAAGAGAAGUUGCAGGAGUCAGUUGUAGUUCUAAGGAGGAUUUGUUCUGAUAUUGAGUAUAAUUUGGGAGGCCUUUACAAGGUGCAGAGGGAUAGAGGUGAAGCGGGUUCUUUGUGGGUAACUGUAAUAAAGCCUGGUAGCUUUGAAACACUAUCGCAGGUAGCCAUUGAAAAUGGAGCACCAGCAAGUCAAUAUAAACCACCUAAGAUAAUAAGAAAUCAUGAAAUUGUCCAUAUCCUUGAAAGAUCUGCUCUUGUUACUGUAUGCUCAGAUUUUGUGGAAUAAUUAAGACUCCCUAGUAACGGAGAAGCCAAAAAGAAGAAAGAAGGGAAUUAAAUUAUGCUCACGGGGCUCCUACACCGUUAACUUCUUCUGCUGUCCAAAAUCUGCUGUUUGUGAUUAAGUGAAAAAUUUCAUGAGAUUAUAGCAAAACUCAUUGGAUUUAUAUACAUCAUACAUGUGCCACACUGAUAAGAAAAAUGCAAAGAAGCAGCCUAAUAAUGUUUAGGAGAUUUAGUUAGUUAUAUUAGAGAAAACUGUUUUUUUUUUUUUUUUCUUUUUUCUUUUUUUUUUUUUUUCUUUUUU